CCAAGGUCGGCACUUGACAAAGCAACAAACCCAAUAUGUCAGGUACGUGCUAUUCAGCUAAAUCACCCUGUCGCUACUUUAUUUCCUGCUGCGAUCAUUUGGUUACUUCUUUAUUUGAAAACUUGUUCCUUAUCGUUUGAGCGUAGAUAAGCACUUGUGACAAUAAUGUUUCGGAACGAACUAACCUCGUGGCCGGAAACCAUGUUUCCACCGGAGGGUCGUGAUGGAAACAGCGCACUCUCCACCCCUAUGGCCGCCGUCAGUGUCGCGGGCGCGUCAGAAACUGACGAUGACUUGGCGUUUGCGAAGGAGUUUGCCGGCAGGCUGAGUGCCGUUGGGGUAGAAAGAGUGUCCGCUUUGGACGAGGCAGAUUUUGCGCAAGGAAGAAGUGUUGAAGAUGUUGAGCAGAAUGGGAUGAAUGAAACCACGGUUCUUGGUACAGGCGGAGUAGAUGAUCAACAAGUUGAAAUAAAUACAGAGGCAACUACUACCACGUACCACUACUCCAUUCCUAGGGAUACACGUACCACCACUCCGUUCCUCGACGAAUCGGCGGCGCUAGUAAACGCAGAUGAUGACGGAGCGCGAGCAAGUCCUGAUGCAGCGGAGCAGGAUCCCGCGGAGCAGGAGCCCGCGGAGCAGCCACCUACUGAGGAGCAGCCGGCGGAGCAUUCGGAACAGGACGUCACCGCACGAAAUCAAAAUGCCGCAACUGUGACGGAAGAGGCAACCACGACCUCCAGAUUCAACAAUUCCUCCAUCGCAAGCAGCGUCGGCGCGGGAGACUUGGCGCCAGAAACCCAGUUACUGUUGGACCAGGCUGUAGCGGUGUCCCGGUACAACAAUAAUUCGUCGGUGGCUGGCGCAAGUAUCGCAAGCGAUGUCGGGGCGGGAACUUUGUUCCCGGAGGAGCAACAGACACUCUUGAACAGUGCAGUCACCGGACUGGCGAAAGAGCAAGAGAACCUGUUGAACACACUGCGGGACUCGUUGCUUGGCGGAAUUCCCGAUUUGUUGAUGAAGGAGGAGGCAAGGGGGGACAGUGUGGCACGGAAAUCACGAAUUUCGGACAUCGAAAAAGCGUUGGAAGCCGUCGACAACAUGCGAGCCUUGUCGGAAAGCGUAAAGAAUGCCGCGAAAGAUGUUUUGGAGAGGCAAACACUCCGUGAAAGCGCGGCAAUGGCGGAAGAGCAGGGCGAGCGACAUAAAUCCAGUACGCGGGAAAAUAUGUCAGGUGUGCGAUUCAGCACUGGGGGCCGCGGGGGCGAGUCAUUGUCAUUUUCGGUCGUUGGGAAAAAGAAGGAAUCAAAGUCAUCUACAAAACGCACGUUGAGAAUAAGCAGCAAGGAAACUUCUACGCCAAAUCAAGACAAAACAAGAAGUAGCAACCUGUCCCUCCUUUCCGAUCCCGACGGCCCGACCGCGGGGCUGGAUUAUGCCGUCAUGACCCCGGACAAGCCGAAUGCGCUCCCCCCGUGGUACCCGGUCGGGCGGCACAUUCAGCGUCCUCUGAUGCUGAAACUUAAAGACAUCCACCCGCAGCUAGCAUUAGCGGAGAACGCAAGCGUGGUGCGCGCGCGGGCGGAGUGGAAGCACUACAUGCAACUAAGGCAGGACUGGAGGAAAAAGGCAGCGGAAGGCAAGGAGUUGCGUGCACAGCAGAAAGAGAAGCUGCUACUCGAUGUGGUACCUGGGGGCGAAGCGGGCUUGCAGAUGCUGUUUGGAAUCGAGGAGGAGGAUAUUACGGAUGGGAUUGCAGCUGGCAGUGAAGAAAAAGGUACAGAUUCUGCACCAGGUGCAAAAGCACAGACGGGAACGUUCGAACAGAUAGAAGCAGGCGGUGGAUCAUCGAAAUCACCCACCAAGCCGUCGGAAAAAAAGAUGCUUUUCUACCCGGAGAAGAGAAGAUUAUUACGUGGAGAGCCAACAUCUCGACGUGCUGCCCCGUCGUUGACUGCGCAGGACAGCACGACGGUUAAACUACAGAGUGUUUGCCAGCGGGUGGUUCCGGUUUUGCAACGCGCCCUGGCGGUGCGAUGCGGCAAUAACAAUCCGCCGACGAAAAAGGACGUCGACGCCGUGGUCGCACAGAGCGCAGCGAUUCUGCUCGACUCACCAAGAGACGGGAAGGAGCACGCAAGACUCUUGCGACAGAUCAAGCUGGAACUUCUAGAAACAAUCGUCGUACCAACUGCAACCAGUAGAAACAACAUCAAAACGGGAUCCUCGUCGUGCCAAAAAGUCGUAAAAGGGAAGACCGGGUCGUCAACCAGAUUCGUCACUUCGUCGGGCACGCUUUUCAUGCAAGAAGAGAAGGAUUUACAACUGUCUGAUUGUAGAACUCCGGACUUGGUGGACUCGGAAUCUGUGGUGUCCGUCGUUUUUUCGUCUCCAAAAGAUUUCGAGGGUGUGCACACAAUGGAAGCUGCCGCUGGGGAUGGGUCUGCCGCGGAAAAUAAGACCGGUGCUGCGGUCCCGAAAAAGAAGAAGCUGGUGAAGCGAAUCGUGAAGAAAAAAGCCGCUCCUCCGGCCACCGAUGCUACUAGUACUCUUGAAGCCGAUAAAAAUGGAGACGACGCAGCUACGACAGAGGCAAAGGCCGCAGUCAUGCGUGCUCGGGGCGAAGAUAGAAAUACCGAGGGUGUACUAGACGCUGACGCAGCUGCAACGGCCGCGGAUGAAGACCGCCAAGCAGUAGACGAGCCACGAACAGAAGAGGAGAAGGUCGAGUUUGCAAAGGAGAUUCUGGAAGGUUUGAAGGAAAAUCCUCUGGCGGACGAAGCCUCGUCUCCAGUCGCGGGACCGAAAAAGCCAAAGGCGAAAGCGAAGCGGAAAAUCGCCGCGAAGAAACCUGCGCAGUCCUCUGACAACACGAGCGCGGAUGACGGGGGAGAACAGGUACGUUAUGAUCUAAUUGAAGUUUCUGUUUUUCGUGCUUGAACACAAAAACUGGAUGAGAUGUAACUGCGAGCCACAGCUGAAGCUGUCGGUAAAUACCAUAGAAUGCUUCAGACGUCAUUUGUAUAGAAGAUGUAGAUGAUUGCUGUCUGCGCAGUUUUAAACCCUUAACGUAUCUGUUGAGAUAUUAUCACGAUGUCAACAGUUCCCACCUAAAGCACCACUCUGAUGCCCUGUCUGUAAGUACUUGAUAUCCUGCGACCCCUUUUGAUCUUUUAGGCGAGUGAAAAUAUCGUACAGAAUGCUCGGCGUCUCACUUUCGCAUUACAUCCUGUUUGGAAACACGAAAGAGCGCACUACUAGCGAUUCCGCCUUUGAUCUCUCUUCAACAAAACAGCCGCAACCUCCCGGCACUCCGACGAACCCCGAGGGUGCGCUCGCCGCGGACGAUAUGGAGCCGUUUUUUCAAACCUUUCUGCCGUCCCUGGAGGACUCGCCUUCGCAGGUGGAGAAGCGGGAAUUUCUCGAUCAUGAGCUAGGGGAGUUUAAACUCUACGGCGGUGAGUACACAGUGUCUGGCCAAGACGCGGAAAUCACGUUGGCGAGGGAUCAUAAAAAGCAUUCGUCUCUACCACCGAGCCCGGAUUACUACGCGUCCCUGCUGAAGAAGGACCAGGUGGAAAGCGUCACGCCAGCGGAAGCACUGGAGAUGCAGAGGUACUAGACUUAGACGGUCAUAUUUGGUUUUAUCACACGGCACUUGUUUCUUGCAAACAAUUACACUUACAUUAUCAUGCUUUCAGUUUCAUCUCGCACUGUGAUAUUUCUUGGCGUUGCACGCACGUACAACGAAUAGUCACUACACUGAAAAAUAAACCAAUAUCAGGCGUAACCUGCUGUAUAAAGAGACAUCCGAGGACCAGCGGAGAAACCAGAGUUUUGACUGGGGUCACAGUGCCACAGACUUGACGCAAAUUUUAGGUUUGAAGUCGCCCGUGUUUCGAGCAAGACUCCCACCCGAGGACGAAAACGAGCCCCGGUGGGUCGAGGGAAGAUCGGCGCUGGAUAACUUUGUUAUCGCGCGCAACCGCUGCAUGGAAAUCCUUGCCCGGGACGAGAUCCGGGAGGGAAAGAAGAUUUCCGAGCGAAAUUCCAAAUUUAUACCGAUAAACCAGCUCAUCGAGAAGCGGGCGCCGCCCAGUGGGCGGGUGAAGAGGGAGAAAUUGAUACUGCUGUCGGGGAUCGUCGACGAAGACGAGUUGGAGGACUAGCCUGCUAGGGAAGAAGGUUGACAAAUCAAACGUGUCUAUCCCGUUCCACCUGGACGCGGUUUUUAUUCAAAUUGAAUUCCAGUCUUGACUUGUUGAGAUACUGAAUAUACUAGAUUGGUUUCUGAUGUGCUGUACGUGGUAUUUGAUGUCUCCUGUGGAGACAGGGAUGUUUCUUACGACACGCUGUACGAUGAGCCGUGCACAGGAAAUACCCAGCGUUGUAGCCUUACUGCUAGUUGUAUUUCGCGAAAAGAUAAGUUCUUU